GGAGAAUCCCGGUGAGCGAUGCGUGCGGCGACGGAUGCAUCAUCGGGCGGCGGCGAGGCGAGCAGGGAAACCCGAGGGGGGUUAAUUUUUAGGGGCGGCGGUUAGCCUUUUAGCGGCUCCAACGGAGCGAUCGGACCGUGCGGUACAGAAGUAGCAGGGGACCAACCGACCAAGCGAGCGAGCGAUGUUAUGUGAAGCCGCUCGCAGUAGGGUUGCAAACCGUUGUACAGUUGCCGUCCCUCCGUCCCGUGCCCUUGGGCCUUCCCUCCGGGGAGAGGCCGAGACUGCGCUCAGUGCUUGUGGAGUGGUCUCUGCGUCUGGAGAGUGAGCUCCCCGAGGAGUGGAGGAGGGAGCGAGGCAGGCAGGCAGGCAGGCUGUGGCAGGGACGAGUUCUGGCUGGCUAUGGCGAUCAGGCCAUCAGGCCCCAGAAGCUACUAGCUGUUCGUUAGGAUUACACGAGAAAUAGAAGCGCUCGAGUGCUCCGGGGUGGCUGCCUGGCGGGGCUCGGAUCUCACGGACCGACGGAACGGGAAGGCGGAAAUUUUCGUGGCACCGGCCUUGGUUGGUGUAGGAGGGAGGGAGUGAGGGAGGGACGGGAGAAGCGGAGGGGUUUGCGGCUUGGGGCUUGGCGGCGUUGCAUGCCAUAAAAGGGAGGGGAGGGGGAAAGGCAUACUUUGUCCUGAGGUGAACGCGAUCUUGAGACCUGAGCAAUAUUUGUACUGAGCAAAGGGUCAUGAGGAAGGAAGGGAGGGAGGGAGAGAAAGAGUGUGUGAGAGAGAGAGAGAGUCGGAGGAUGGGAGAUGAGCUGAGAUGAGAUGGGAAUUCGGGUGUGAGUGAGGCAUUGACGAACUCGUGACCAGGAAGGAGGUGGGGAUCGGGCGGGGGAUAGGUAGAAAUUCAUGGUGCUGUGGGAAUUGGCAAGUAGCGGAGCCGGGUGGGGCACUAUACAGCGGGGCUGGUGGUGGGGAAGGUGGAGCGAGCGAGAAAGAGAGAGAGAAGACGUAAGGAGAUGAAUGAGUGAGUGAUUGCUGAGUGCGGAGCUGAGCUUCCCAUGCCAUUGUGACGAAUGUGAGUAGUACUGCUAGUGCUUAUGUUAGAAAGAUUAACGUGAGUGAGUAAGUGUCGGGUGGGAAAGUAGCGUGCAAUCUCCCAGCGGCAGCUGAACUGACUGAGCUGGGUUUGCGCCUGGCUCUUUCGAGAUUUGGAUCCCGGUCAGAGACGAGGCCACUUUGAAGUACAUGCCGCAUUGAGUAAUUUCUGGAGGUCAGUCGAGCUGAAUGUUGGCUUGCAGCUCGUUUUAGAAGGUGGGCGGUAACGCGAAAGCUUCACGCGAACGUCGAGUGCGAGGAAUUGCGAUCCUGAUUAUUUUAUUUUCGAGGAAGGUGAGCGACAGUCCGAGUUAGUGGCGUUCGGACUCAUUGCGCUUGUCGAUAUUGCGGACGUCGCUCGCUCAGUGAAGGAGUCCAGCCGACGAGGCGCGGUGCAGCGAGGCUUUAUAAGCCCGGAGUGAACGUGAGGCAAUGCGAGAGGUGCGGGGAUGUUGUGAGUGGGAGGGGCCUUAUGAUCGUCUUGAAGAGUGAACGAACCGGCUUAGCUCUAAGGGUAAUGGUGCAUAGACCAGAAAGCAUGCAACCGUCCACAGUCCUGCCUCGAGGUGCGACUUUUUGACCGAGCUGCGAAGCAUGCACAUGGAGGAGUCUCCUGCCUUCUGGAUCGUCUCUUCCUCUUAAAGCAACGCUAAGCUCGCUCAAUUCCUUCUUAUUCCGACUCGGAGCUCCGUGUAACCACGCUCAUCGCUGCAUCGCCCGCUCCGAUCAUGUCGAUUCUUCUUGCGCUCUCGUUCCUCACUCUCUUCCAAAUGCCGCAUCUCGCAUCAGCUGUUCCUGGUGGGUUCUUCCGAUUCCAGAGGUUCUCGGCUGCAGAAUUGCGACAAAGCCUCGGUCUCGAAAACCUCAAGCUCGACGAUCAGGAGUCUCGCAACGCCGCAGUGGCAGAGCUGGUCGUUCCAUCUGAUGAGAGCCGCAGCAAUCGCGAGCUGGCCCCGGCCCCAUUGGCUCGCAACCGAUCUGCUGUACCUGCGUCUCAUCCGAAUGGCAGCGCCCUUCGUGGAGUGAGAAAGCUGCUGUUCGGAACUCUGAGCUGCGCCCCGCAGGAUCUCAGUCUGACACAAGGCCCCGUGAGCUCCACGAGCGGCAUUCCCACUUUCAACGUGCAGAUUGUGAACCUGUGCGGAGCAUGCGCCAUGGCCGACAUCCAUGUGGCUUGCGGCAACUGGGCCUCAGCGACUCCCGUCGAUCCGUUCGUGUUUACUCGCCUGGGCUACAACGACUGCCUCGUCAACAAUGGCCAACCGCUCAGUAGUCAGGGAAGCGUAUCGUUCCAGUACUCCAAUUCGGCCAUGUAUCCCAUGAGCAUUGCCACCGCCACCAACGAAUGCUCACGAUGAAGACGGCUCGCUGUGCUUGCCGCCAGCUGAGGUCACCUUUGUGCAUAUUAUAGGCGGAGAUGUACAGACUCCUACGGUUUUGUUUUCGAGUCUCAUGUGGGAUCCUGUCGCCGAGGAGAUCGAUUCAAAAUUCCGAGAUUCUUCGUGCCAUGCGAGAGGAGGGGAGGAAGGAUGAUGAUGAUAGAGGCGGACGAUCCGAAAGCGAUAUAUGCAACUUUUGUAACGGUACUAGAAAUUACAGUGUCCCAUAGAACUUACAGGAUCUGAAUAUAAUCAAAAUUUUGACGGUAGUACGUAAGCAAGCGCAAAGCUAGCAUCCUAAAGAGAUGCGUAUCGAGUGUUUUUCUAAAGGUAGAAUUCGGCGGACCUGGAGACUGGAAAUCCAGUUUUUCGCAUGGAGGCGUUCAAGCCAGCAUGUGGUCAGAAGAUGAGAUAAAUAAAAUGAGCAAAUAUUGCCAAACACAGCUUCGCCAGUCCAGUCCAUUUCAGUCAUCUUAUCCUC